AUGCCGUCUCUUAAGCGUGAUCAGCCGUCCUCGGACGCCGAAGACUCGAGCGAAGAAGGAUCCCAGAAUGUCGCAUCCUCCCCUCUCCCGUCGAGAAAAAGAACCCGUACAUCAGCUUCGCUAUCCUCCAACGACUCUAGUGCUUCGAACAGUGAAAGAGAUCCCACUCUGGACGAUGAGGUUCUAGAAGACGAAGACGAGUUGGAACUGCGCCAGACCCAGAUAAUCCAAGAAAAAUAUGCGCACCUUCUCGACGAAUCUAAUGUCCCCGCUGAACAUGGAAUUCUGGAACGGGUUGACUGCUACAACUUCAUGUGUCACGACCACUUUUCCGUCGAGUUGGGGCCAUUGAUCAACUUUAUUAUCGGAAAGAAUGGCAGCGGCAAAAGCGCGAUUCUGACGGCAAUCACCCUCUGCUUGGGAGGCAAAGCGUCUGCCACCAACCGCGGGCAAAGCCUCAAGAACUUCAUCAAAGAAGGGAGAGAUCAGGCGACGAUCAUCGUGCGGAUCAAAAACCAAGGAGAUGGCGCGUACAUGUCGGAUGAUUAUGGCAAGUCCAUUAUCGUCGAGCGCAUUUUCUCAAAGAGCGGAUCCAGCGGUUUCAAGAUCAAAUCCGAGAAUGGUCGUAUUAUUUCAACCAAGAAAGCAGAAUUGGAUGCGAUCUGCGACUAUUUCUCGCUCCAAAUCGAUAAUCCGAUGAACGUACUUUCUCAAGAUAUGGCUCGGCAAUUCCUGAGCACUUCGAGCGCAGCAGAGAAGUACAAGUUCUUUGUCAAGGGCGUGCAAUUGGAACAGCUGGACCAGGAUUAUCGUCUGAUUGAGGAGUAUGUCGACCAGAUGGAGGAAAAACUCCGUAAUAAAUCGGAAGAUAUUGGAACUCUGGAGAACCGAAGGAACGUCGCUAAGCGCAAGCUUGAAAUGUCUGAUAAGCACAACCUCCUAAGAGAGCGAAGGAAGAACAUUCGACAACAGUUGGCCUGGGCUCAAGUUGAAGACCAAGAAAAGAUUCGGGACUCCCUUGCCAAUGACUUUACACGAGCCGACGAAGGAAUAGCGAGAUCCGAAGCGGAAUUGGUUCAAUUUGAUAGCGCGCUCCAGGCCGCUGAUGUGGAAUUAGAAACAGCUACAGAACAUGCCUGGCGAGCUGCCUCCGCGCUUGAAAAUGGUCAGAAUGACAGAAAGGAAAUCGAAGAAGAGAUCCAAGAUUCGAUGAACCAUCGUUUCCACACCCAGGCAGAGCAAAGAACGAUAAGGGAAAAGCUGAAAGCAGCGGAGGGUCGCAUCCAGGAAAUGCAAUCAAAGAUUGCUGAUGAAAACCGUCGUCUUGCUGAAAUCAGCGAUGGGAGCUUCGCCCGAAAGCAGCAAGAAAGUGAAGAGGCAGCAAGCAGUGCGUCUGCUGCUCGGGAGAAAUGGCAGCAGCAUGCUACACGUGAGGCACUACUACGAGAGAGUAUCGGAGAAGCCAAGGAGAAAGAACGAUCUGCUGUGGAUGCCCGGGAUACCAAAAAAGCCGAUUUCGAAGAAGCCCGAACCUAUUUACAAAACCAAAUUCGAGAGAGCGGUAGUUCGCGCUACAACUUCCCAGCUACUCUGCCCGCUCUCUUGAAAGCUAUCGAACAGGAAGCUUCUUCGUUUACAUCACGCCCAAUCGGACCGAUGGGCUAUCAUGUCACUUUGCUUCAACCAAAAUGGGCAUCUAUUGUGGAAAACUCAAUUGGUGGCACCCUUGCAGGUUUCAUUGUGGCGCACAAAAGAGACUCAGACAAACUCGCAGCCAUCAUGCGCCGAGUCAACUGUAACUGUCAUAUUUUCAUCAGCAGCGGCGGCGACAUUGACACUUCGUCGAACGAGCCGAACGAGAAGUACGAUACGGUUUUGAGAAUUCUGCGUAUUGACAACCCCAAGGUGCGGCGGCAGCUCAUUAUCAACCAUUCCGUCGAGCAGAUGCUGCUGAUUGAAAACGUGGAAGAGGCCUCGAGGGAACUAUACGAUGGCCGACGCCCAAAAAACGUGAGGCGAUGCUUCUGCAUCGACGCAACGGACAGGCGCCGAGGCAUUCAUCUUUCGUACAACGCAAUGGGCGAUCCCAAUCAAGCCCCUGUUCCCAUGUACAACAAUCUGCCGCGGAUGAAGUCGGACGUUGCCUCGCAAGUCAGUGCCCAACGUGAAGUGGUGGACGAUCUUGAGCGUCAAUUGAAUGGCCUGGAGAGUGAAUUACAAUCCGCUCGCUCCUACCGCGAAGCUACUGAGCAAGCCCUCAUUCAGCAUCGACGAGAAUCUGGUAACCUCAAAAUCGAUUGGCAGAAACUGGAGGAUCGUGCCGAAGAAAUUCGCACUGAGCUGGAGAAAGAAAACGCAGCGGACGGGAUUCUCGAUGGCUUGCGGAGUAACCUGCAAGAAGCAGAAAAGGACAAAGAGAUCUACGAUGCGAGCUACCAAGAAAGUGUCCGGGCCAUGGAUGAGCAAGUUCAAACUCUGAAAGAAAAACGGCGCAGAAAAUCGGCGAAAGAUCGAGAACUUGACGAGCUGCUGGCAAAAACUCGUGUCGCCGACGGCGAGAAAUCCCGUGUGGAAGGCGAGCGUCGAGAGAUUCUCAAUGCCAAAAACUCCGCUUUUGCGCAAAUUGCGAAAGACAAGGAACGCAGGGAUAAACUUCAGGAUAAGCUAAACGAAGCAACGAGACGCGUUCUGGAAUACACAGAGAAAGCCGCGGCGAUUUUCCCGCGCGUUCCGAUCGACGAGGGUGAAACGGCGAACAGUCUUGAUCAGAAGUUUGCCAAGUUGACCCAAGACUUGAACCGCUUCAGUCAGCGACUUGGGGCAUCGCGAGACGAGAUUGCUGCGGAAGCUGGCCGAGCUGAGGCAGCUUAUCAGGGAGCGCUAACACACGUCAAAGAGUUGGCCACACUCACCCAUAACUUCAAGGAUACUCUCAACAGUCGUAAGAAGAGAUGGGAGAUUUUCAGAUCCCACAUUUCUUCCCGUGCAAAGGCCCAAUUCACUUAUCUCUUGAGUGAACGAAGUUUCCGUGGUCGGCUUCUUACCAAUCACAGCGAAAAGUUGUUGGACUUACAGGUUGAACCUGACAUCACAAAAGAUGACAGCACCGGGCGCAAUACGAAAACCCUCUCUGGUGGCGAGAAAUCCUUUUCCCAAGUUUGUUUAUUACUCGCUCUUUGGGAAGCCAUGGGAUCCCCCAUCCGUUGUCUCGAUGAGUUCGAUGUGUACAUGGACCAUAUCAAUCGGAAAAUGGCCAUCGAUAUGCUGAUGAUCGCUGCGCGACGCUCGAUUGGGCGUCAAUUUAUUCUGAUCACACCAGGUAGCAAGACAGAUAUCACUAUCGCUCCCGACGUGAGGGUAAAGGAGCUUGCCGAGCCUGAACGUGGUCAGACGACCUUGAGGUUUUCACGUUAA